CUGGCUAUGGUGCUGCGGCUGGAGGCGGCUUUGUGUCAAGUUUGUUAGUGUUCUGUGUCACCAUGAGAACCAGCCUCCCCACUCAUUCUCCUGGGGGUGGCUUUGCUGCCAGAGAGAAGGGCCUCUCCAUGCAUCCAGACAGCGCCCAAGGCUUUUAGGACCUCUCUUGGCCUUCCCCCAGAGAGUGUCCCCAAGGCCUGCUGCUUGGGGGGCAAGGGGGGGCUCCCUUUCCUGCUCACCCUCCUUGCCCACCUCCUGGUGGCACAGCCCUCAGGAGCAGACCAGGAGCAAGGUGGCCGACCGUGCUCCCUCUGGCCCUGCCCUCAAGCACAAGAGGCACCGGAGACUGGGGCCCUGGCCAUGGCAGCCUCCAACACUCCCAAGAAGUCCCCUGUCAAUGUGCGCCUCCCUCGGCGGCGCAGUGUCAGCCAGAUCUGCCCACCGCCUCGCCGCCCCAUGACCCUGGCAGAGCUCUAUCCGGGCUGUGAGAAUGAGCGGCUGGGGGUGGCCCGUGAGAGCAUGCUCCAGAACCACCUCAUUGCCAAGCCUGAAGUUGGGAAGCCCCGUAGAAGCUGCUAUACCCUUCCAGGCUACGGAUUCAAUUAUGGGUUGUAUUUACGUGGAACAGAUGGAGGCGUACCUGAAGCCAUCUGCCACUGGAAUGCAAUGAAGCCCAGAGUCGUUCUGGAGAAAGAGAAGCCCCGUGACUACAAGGCCAUGAACUCCCUAGCAGUCAAGGAUGGAUACAUCACCUCCCAUGAGCACAACCUAUACCGCCAGGCCAAGGAUCUCCGGGUGGAUGAGGUGGAUGAGCGGCGCUUUAAAAGGACCCCCCCAAAAGUUCCAGCGGACAUGACCUAUGGGAGGCCAGCACGCCAUGUGCCUGGCUUUUGUUGCCAGGAGUCAUCCAAGGGGCAUUUUUCAUCGGAGCUUUUUCUCGCCUUGCCUCCUCGUCUCCGACAGAGAUGGAUGUCCUCCCUGAAGCUGGUGGGCCCUGCAGGGACCAUCAGAGAUAAUGCGCCCAGGGUCCGCGGAGCCUCAUCCAGACCGAUGCCGACCAUUCAUCAGGAGCCUCACCGGGGCCAAGGUCAGCACUAAUGAGGAAGAGGAGGAGGAGGACGAGGCUCCCCUCCACCCAGUCUCUGAUCUAUACAAGCCCCCCGCCCCUAAGGAAGACAGAGCCUUUCAGACCCCUCUGGGCACCUCCUCACCUGCAGCCCAGGGCAGGUAUGCAUUGCAGCUUCAUGGCUUAGCAUCCUGGCCAGGCAGAGGCUGCAUCCUCACUGCAGAAAUACUCCAGGUUGGCACCACUUUAAACUGCCAGGGCUCCAUACUCUGGGAUGCUGGGAAUUGCAGUCGGUUGUGGCACCA